UGUGCAUUCGUCAUGUUGCAAUCAGCGGUUCGUGUGUCAUGUUCGUGUUUGAACUGAAAAGAACUUCCUGUUGCAUGGCUUUUCUGUGCAUCAUACAGUUUGGAGACGCCAUGGCCAGAAUUUUCCUGUUGACAGUCUUGAUGGUACUAUCAAUGCAAGAGAAAAGCAACGUUGCUGGAUACAUCACCGCCUGUUAUUUCACCAGCUGGUCUGCUCUAACCAGUCCCACCCAAGUUCGUCUACCGGUAGAGGACGUUGAUGCUUCUCUGUGUACACAUCUGAUGUACGCGUUUGCAAGCUUAGACAUACAAUCCAUGUCUGUAGUUGCCCUAGACCCAUUUCAUGAAUAUAGUCGUGCCGGUAUGACGGGACUCUAUGAGCAGUUUAACCAACUCAAGUCAAAGAAUCCAAACCUAAAGACGCUUUUGUCAGUGGGAGGUCAAAGCUCAGGUAGAGCUUUUUCCCAGCUGUCGUCCUCGAAAUUAUCCUUGCAACAGUUUGCUCAAAAUACUAUGAAAUUCUUAAGAAAGCAUGGUUUUGAUGGACUGGAUAUCGACUGGGAGUACCCCGCUGCUGAAACCAAAGACAAGUUUACAUUUCUUCUCAAGAUUUUGAGUGAAGAGUUUUCCAAUGAGGCUACCAAUAAGGAGCCACUGCUGUUGACCAUAGCAGGGGCUGGUGGGGAGGACAAAAUACGAGCCGGCUAUGACAUCAAGGCUAUCAGCAAGUACCUGGACUACAUCUUUGUAAUGACGUACGACUUUUCCGGAAGUUGGAACAAAGUCACCGGGUUUGACAGCCCGCUCCGAGCUAGGAACGACAGUAACUUCUCUCCGGUUUAUAAUGUGCAAUACGCCCUGAACGUGUGGAUCAAUGGGGGUGCGGACCGGAGCAAGGUGAUCAUGGGGCUGACGGGUGCAGGAGCAAGUUUCACUCUCAGGAACAUCACUGAUCACAACGUCGGCGCACCUGUCCAGGAUGGAGGAGGCCCACCCGGUCCUCUCUAUCAACAAAAAGGCAGACUUAUGUAUCCAGAGAUCUGCCAAUCCUUGAAGAAGGGUUGGACUCGAGUUUGGGACGAGGAACAGCAGGUGCCCUACGCCUACAGAGGCGAUCAGUGGGUAGGGUACGAUGACCAGCAGAGCUUUGGCCUCAAGGUCCAGUAUGUCAUUGAUGAACAUCUUGGGGGAGUCAUGUUUUGGGAGUUGAGCUUUGACGACGCGAAGAACUACUGCAAGAACGGGGCCUUUCCUUUGCUCCACGUUGUCAAACAAACUUUUGCCAAUCAUCCCAUGGACUCAAAUAAGACAAGUGAGACCGGUUCAACGGAUGCAGUGUCACAGUCGUCCGAUGCAACUGAAGAAAAUCCAACAACUCCAUCUCAUAGAACGAUCACAACAGAUUCCAACAAUGGAACAGUGCAUUUCGUAACUUCACUGACUAAGGACACAGGUGUAAAGUUAAAAAGCACAGUAGUGUUUGACCAAGUUGACGAGAACAUCGGAGAAGCUUACAGCCCGACAACAGGUGAAUUUACUGCCCCUGUAUCAGGAUUUUACCUGUUCACCAUCCAGGUGAUGGCGACGUAUGGAUCUGGACUAGAAUACGAACUUAAAAGCGAAGACAGUGCCUAUUCCACACGAGUCCGUGUCGAAAGUGCUUGGUCAACUAGUUCAGGAACUGCCGUGUUCCACGUACAGAAAGGUCACAAGGUGAAGGUCAUUAAGUACUACGGACCAGACGGCGCUUUGAGACAGAGUCCAUGGUCACGGUUUUCAGGCUUUCUGUUGAGGGAAUCCUGAAACGUGUUGACCUUUCAAGGCAUCUAUAGACUGCACCAUUUACAGUUAACUAUGUCAUGUUGGUUCAAACCUUGUGCAAUUGCCAUAUUAAAAAUUAGUCGCCAGGUC